UUUGCACGGCGUUUUUAUUCACAUGUAACGGUAUUUUUUUGCCUGUAUAUAGAGUCUUGCAAAAGUUUCUUUAGUGUAUUUAAUUUGUACUCGAUCUCAUAUCAAAAUAACUGGAUGAUUUUGAUGAAUCCUCUGUAUGUUGGAUGUGCUGACCGCAGGAGGCUGCUGGUUUGAGCUCUGCUUGUUUGUUUGCGGGUGAAUCAAGCGGAAUUUAUCAGGGCUGGCCGGGUGCCAGAUGAAGGCGAGACGUAGCCUAUCGCUCAGGACACCGAGGAUACUAAUAGAGACGAAAUAAUUCAUUCUUAUAAUUGUUCUUAUCUUUAUUCUUAAGAUGCAACUUUGGGUGCUGAUGUGUUGUUCUGCUCCCGUUUAAAACUCUCGCUGCUUCUGCUUCACUCGGAUCACUUCAGACUGAAACCUGUGGUCUGUAAGCAUGGCAGGCAUUCCCAAAUCAUUCACUCAUCUGUUCAUAGGCUUUCUAACAACUGUAAUCUCAGGAUUAAGAGCCAGCUCUCUGCAGCAGGUCUUCGUGAAGGAUAUUGUAGCUGUUUAUGGAAAAAACGGUUCACUGGAUCUUAAUGGCAUUAACAGUUUAUUGAAGACAAUUGUACAAGACAAAUUAUUGGAUCCGAACAUUCCUCUACAUGCUCAGUGUGUGUCCGGAGAAGAUAUUCUGGUGCACUAUGGACUUCAGAACCUCUCUUAUCUGACAGAGGAGCAUCUGGUCACUCUCUGCCCGGCUCUGCUCAACCAAGCUGUACUGCCCCCCUGUUCAUCUGAAGCUCCAGGAGCAGGCCUAAGGGACAUUGAUCUGCGUGUAUGGGGAUUUGGCUUCUUGGCUGUUACCUUCAUUAAUCUGGCCUCACUGCUGGGUCUGACUCUCGUUCCCUUAACUAAAAAGCCCUACUUCCCCAAAGUGCUCACCUACUUCAUUGGUCUGGCUGUUGGCACACUCUUCUCCAAUGCUGCCCUCCAACUUAUACCUGAGGCCUUUGGGUUUGACCCAAAAGCAGACGGUUACGUUUUCGAAGCUGUUGGGAUCUUUGGUGGAUUCUAUGUGCUGUACAUCACUGAAAAAAUCCUGAGGAUAGUCCUGAAACCAGAACAUGGGCAGGGCCACGGACACAGUCACUUCCAGCCCUCAGAGGGCAUCCAACAGAACGGCGCCAUCAGUAUAGUGGACUCUGAUAAAGCAAGCAUAACCUCUGACCCUCCAGUGGAGCAGGGGUGCUGCAGAUGGCUCAGAGGAAGACGGCUGGCCAGCGUGAAGACGGUGGCAUGGAUGAUUUCCAUCAGCGAUGGUCUCCACAACUUCAUUGACGGACUGACCAUCGGCGCUUCCUUCACCGUGUCGAUUCUCAGCGGCUUUAGCACUUCCAUUGCUAUCGUCUGCGAGGAAUUCCCUCAUGAGCUGGGCGACUUUAUUAUCCUGCUGAACGCAGGGUUGAGCGUUCCACAGGCCGUCUUCUUCAACCUGCUGUCUUCUAUGUCCUGCUACGUGGGCCUCGUCCUGGGCUUCUUGUUGGGUAGAGCUUUUGCCCCCAACAUCAUCUUUGCCUUUGCUGGCGGCAUGUUCCUUUACAUCGCCUUGGCUGAUAUGCUGCCUGAAAUGAACAUGAUUGCCAAUGAACAAGUGCAGAGCACGAAGGCAGAUAUCAUUUUUUUUGCCAUCCAGAAUGCAGGAAUGCUGACAGGGUUUGCCCUGAUUCUUCUCAUCACAUUGUAUGGUGGGAACAUCAGCCUGGGCUGAGCCCUUGUUCCAGAUCGUACUCUCAUUUAAACUAUUUAUUUGAGAAGAAACAACUUCAUACUAUUAUUAAAUCGUUUAAACUGAGGAAACUUGAAAAUCAUUAGGUGUUAAAUAAUUUGAUGAUUUCUCAACAUGUAUAAUUUUUUAACCAAUUUAUACUGUUGUAAAUUACAGACUGACUUACUAAUCAUGUUUUGUAGAACAGAAAGCACGAUUGCUCACAUUUGGUGCGAUCUGAAUGAUCACAUUUGAACAGAAACUUUGAAAAUAAGGAGACCGAACAAAACUGUAUUAAAAAGUCCAAAUUUA